CUGGGCUGGCCGGCUCUCCCUCGGGCACCCUGCACCUCCUCCCCAUACCUGUGUGGGGAGCGGCUCCGCGCGGCCUCCUCCCCCGCCUGUUCUCAACUCCUGCCGGGCUGCAGCUACGCCGCCCGCCGCUGCGGGAGUAAAGGUCGCGUCGGAGAGAGAGCCGGCCGCGGCGCCUCCGGGAAGCCGGCUGGGCAGGUUGGGAGAGAGCAGAAAAGGGAGAGAAACUCUCGUCUAGUCCAGGAAGAUGGCGCCAGGCCGGCCGGCUGCGGACUGAGAGCUGCCGGGGCAGUGAGGAGCCGGGACCCUCUGCCCACCUGAGCACGAGCUAGGGCUGCAGACGACCUGGGACGUCUCGGGCUCCGGCCCACCCCGUGGGGACAUGUCGGUCAGCGAGCUUUACAGCCAGUACACAAGGGUCUGGAUCCCUGACCCGGAUGAAGUGUGGCGCUCAGCAGAAUUAACCAAGGACUACAAAGAGGGUGAGAAGAGCCUCCAGCUCAAACUGGAAGAUGAGACUAUUCGGGAAUAUCCAGUUGACGCCCAGAACAACCAGCUACCCUUCUUACGGAAUCCGGAUAUCUUGGUGGGAGAAAACGACCUCACUGCCCUUAGCUAUCUCCAUGAGCCUGCAGUUUUGCAUAAUCUGAAGGUCCGCUUCCUGGAGUCCAACCACAUUUACACUUACUGCGGCAUUGUGCUUGUUGCCAUCAACCCUUACGAACAGUUGCCAAUCUACGGACAAGAUGUCAUCUAUGCCUACAGUGGUCAGAACAUGGGUGACAUGGAUCCCCACAUCUUUGCAGUGGCAGAAGAAGCCUACAAGCAAAUGGCCAGAGAUGAGAAGAACCAAUCCAUCAUAGUCAGUGGGGAGUCGGGAGCUGGGAAGACGGUGUCAGCCAAGUAUGCCAUGCGCUACUUUGCCACGGUCGGUGGCUCAGCCAGUGAAACCAACAUCGAGGAGAAGGUCCUGGCGUCCAGUCCCAUCAUGGAGGCCAUCGGGAAUGCCAAAACCACUCGGAAUGACAACAGCAGCCGCUUUGGAAAGUACAUUCAGAUCGGCUUUGACAAAAGGUACCACAUCAUUGGGGCCAACAUGAGGACCUACCUGUUGGAGAAGUCCAGAGUCGUCUUUCAGGCAGAUGAUGAGAGGAAUUACCACAUCUUCUACCAGCUCUGUGCUGCCGCCAGUCUCCCAGAAUUUAAAGAGCUUGCACUAACAUGUGCAGAGGACUUUUUCUAUACAUCCCAGGGGGGAGACACAGCCAUUGAGGGUGUAGAUGACGCAGAGGACUUUGAGAAGACUCGGCAAGCCUUCACACUUCUCGGAGUGAGAGAGUCCCAUCAGAUAAGCAUUUUUAAGAUAAUUGCUUCUAUCCUGCACCUGGGAAGUGUGGCGAUUCAGGCUGAGCGGGAUGGUGAUUCCUGUAGCAUAUCACCCCAGGAUGAACACCUGAGCAACUUCUGCCGCCUGCUAGGGGUGGAGCACAACCAGAUGGAGCACUGGCUGUGCCAUCGCAAGCUGGUCACCACCUCAGAGACCUACGUCAAGACCAUGUCCCUGCAGCAGGUCAUCAAUGCACGCAAUGCCCUGGCCAAACACAUCUACGCCCAGCUGUUUGGCUGGAUUGUGGAGCACAUCAACAAGGCCCUGCACACCUCCAUCAAGCAGCACUCCUUCAUCGGGGUCCUGGACAUCUAUGGGUUUGAAACUUUUGAGGUCAACAGCUUCGAGCAGUUUUGUAUCAACUAUGCCAAUGAGAAACUCCAGCAGCAGUUCAACUCGCAUGUGUUCAAACUGGAGCAAGAAGAAUAUAUGAAGGAGCAGAUCCCUUGGACCUUGAUUGACUUUUAUGAUAACCAACCUUGCAUCGACCUCAUAGAGGCUAAGUUGGGUAUCUUGGACCUCUUGGAUGAAGAAUGUAAGGUCCCCAAAGGAACUGACCAGAACUGGGCGCAGAAGCUCUACGACCGGCACUCCAGCAGCCAGCACUUCCAGAAGCCCCGCAUGUCCAACACGGCCUUCAUUGUGGUCCACUUUGCAGAUAAGGUGGAGUACCUCUCAGAUGGUUUUCUGGAGAAAAACAGGGACACAGUGUAUGAAGAGCAGAUCAACAUCCUGAAGGCCAGCAAGUUCCCAUUAGUGGCCGACUUGUUUCGUGAUGACAAGGACCCUAUUCCUGCCACCACCACAUCAGGGAAGGGAUCGUCUUCGAAGAUCAACAUUCGCUCUGCCAGACCCCCCAUGAAGGCCUCCAACAAGGAACACAAGAAAUCUGUGGGCCACCAGUUCCGCACCUCCCUGCAUCUGCUCAUGGAGACCCUGAAUGCCACCACCCCACAUUAUGUUCGCUGCAUCAAGCCCAACGACGAGAAGCUCCCCUUCCACUUUGACCCAAAGAGAGCCGUGCAGCAGCUCAGAGCCUGUGGGGUGUUGGAGACGAUUCGCAUCAGUGCAGCUGGCUACCCAUCCAGGUGGACCUACCAUGACUUCUUCAAUCGGUACCGAGUGCUGGUGAAGAAGAGGGAGCUUGCCAACACAGACAAGAAGGCCAUCUGCAGGUCUGUCCUGGAGAGCCUCGUCAAGGAUCCCGACAAGUUCCAGUUUGGCCGCACCAAGAUCUUCUUCCGGGCAGGCCAAGUGGCCUACCUGGAGAAACUGCGGGCCGACAAGUUCCGAGCAGCCACCAUCAUGAUCCAGAAAACCGUCCGCGGCUGGCUGCAGAAGGUGAAGUACCGCAGGUUGAAGAGGGCCACCUUAACCCUGCAGAGGUACUGCCGAGGAUACCUGGCCCGCAGGCUGGCCGAGCACCUGCGAAGGACUCGGGCAGCAGUGGUGCUCCAGAAGCAGUACCGCAUGCGGAGAGCCCGCCUGGCUUACCAGAGGGUGCGCAGGGCUGCCAUUGUCAUCCAGGCCUUUGCUCGGGCCACAUUCGUGCGCAGAAUCUACCGCCAGGUCCUCAUGGAGCACAAGGCCACCAUCAUCCAGAAGCACGCCCGGGGGUGGAUGACACGCAGGCAUUUCCAGCGGCUGCGGGCUGCAGCCAUCGUCAUCCAGUGUGCCUUCCGGAGGCUCAAGGCCAAGCAGGAACUGAAGGCCCUCAAGAUCGAGGCCCGCUCAGCAGAGCACCUGAAACGCCUCAAUGUGGGCAUGGAGAACAAGGUGGUCCAGCUGCAGCGGAAGAUCGAUGACCAGAACAAAGAGUUCAAGACCCUGUCGGAGCAACUGUCUACGGUCACCUCCAUACACACCAUGGAGGUGGAGAAGCUGAAGAGGGAGCUGGCGCAUUACCAGCAGAACCAGGUGGCCGAUGCCAGCCUGCAGCUGCAGGAGGAGGUGCAGAGCCUGCGCACGGAGCUGCAGAGAGCCCACUCAGAGCGUAGGGUCCUGGAGGAUGCCCACAGCAGGGAGAAGGACGAGCUGAGAAAGAGAGUUGCAGACCUGGAGCAAGAAAAUGCUCUCCUGAAAGAUGAGAAAGAACAGCUGAAUAACCAAAUUCUGUGCCAAUCUAAAGAUGAAUUUGCACAAAACUCCGUGAAGGAGAACCUUCUGAUGAAGAAAGAGCUGGAGGAGGAGCGUUCCCGGUACCAGAACCUGGUGAAGGAAUAUUCCCGGUUGGAGCAGAGAUACGACAACCUGCGGGAUGAGGUGACCAUUCUAAAGCAAACCCCAGGUCAUAGGCGGAACCCAUCAAACCAAAGUAGCUUGGAAUCUGACUCCAAUUACCCCUCCAUAUCCACAUCUGAGAUCGGAGACACUGAGGAUGCCCUCCAGCAGGUGGAGGAAAUUGGCGUGGAGAAGGCAGCCAUGGACAUGACAGUGUUCCUGAAGCUGCAGAAGAGGGUGCGGGAGCUCGAGCAGGAGAGGAAGAAGCUGCAGGUGCAGCUGGAGAAGAGAGAGCAGGACAGCAAGAAAGUCCAGAUGGAACAACCAAGGAAUGAUGUAGAUUUGGACCAAGAUGCAGAUCUGGCCUACAAUAGUCUGAAGAGGCAGGAGCUGGAGUCAGAGAACAAAAAGCUGAAGAAUGACCUGAAUGAGCUGAGGAAAGCAGUAGCUGACCAAGCCACACAGAACAACUCCUCCCACAGCUCCCCUGACAGCUACAGCCUCCUGCUGAACCAGCUCAAGCUGGCCAACGAGGAGCUGGAGGUCCGAAAAGAGGAGGUGCUCAUCCUCAGGACCCAGAUCGUGAACGCUGACCAACGCCGACUUGCUGGCAAGAGCAUGGAGCCAAACAUUAAUGCCAGAGCAAGUUGGCCUAACAGUGAAAAGCAUGUGGACCAGGAAGAUGCCAUUGAGGCCUAUCAUGGGGUAUGCCAGACAAACAGCCAGACUGAGGAUUGGGGAUACUUGAAUGAAGAUGGAGAACUCGGCUUGGCCUACCAAGGCUUAAAACAAGUUGCCAGGUUGCUGGAGGCACAGCUGCAGGCCCAGAGCCUGGAGCAUGAGGAACAGGUGGAGAACCUCAAAGCCCAGGUGGAGGCCCUGAAGGAGGAGAUGGACAAACAGCAGCAGACCUUCUGCCAGACACUGCUGCUAUCCCCAGAGGCCCAGGUGGAAUUUGGUGUCCAGCAGGAGAUAUCCCGGUUGACCAACGAGAAUCUGGACCUUAAAGAACUGGUAGAAAAGCUGGAAAAGAAUGAGAGGAAGCUCAAAAAGCAACUGAAGAUUUACAUGAAGAAAGUCCAGGACCUAGAAGCUGCCCAGGCAUUGGCCCAGAGUGACAGACGGCACCAUGAGCUCACCAGGCAGGUCACAGUCCAGAGGAAAGAGAAGGACUUCCAGGGCAUGCUGGAGUACCACAAAGAAGACGAGGCCCUCCUCAUCCGGCACCUGGUGACAGACCUGAAGCCCCAGAUGCUGUCGGGCACAGUGCCCUGCCUCCCCGCAUACAUCCUCUACAUGUGCAUCAGACAUGCGGACUACACCAAUGACGACCUCAAGGUGCACUCCUUGCUCACCUCCACCAUCAAUGGCAUUAAGAAAGUCCUAAAGAAGCACAAUGAUGACUUUGAGAUGACGUCAUUCUGGUUAUCCAACACCUGUCGCCUCCUUCAUUGUUUGAAGCAGUACAGUGGGGACGAGGGCUUCAUGACUCAGAAUACCGCGAAGCAGAAUGAACAUUGUCUUAAGAACUUUGACCUCACUGAAUACCGUCAGGUGCUGAGCGACCUUUCCAUUCAGAUCUACCAGCAGCUCAUUAAAAUCGCUGAGGGCUUGUUGCAGCCAAUGAUAGUUUCUGCCAUGUUAGAAAAUGAGAGCAUUCAGGGUCUAUCUGGUGUGAAGCCAAUGGGCUACCGGAAGCGCUCCUCCAGCAUGGCAGACGGGGAUAACUCAUACUGCCUGGAAGCCAUCAUCCGCCAGAUGAAUUGCUUUCACACAGUCAUGUGUGACCAGGGCCUGGACCCUGAGAUCAUCCUGCAGGUGUUCAAACAGCUCUUCUACAUGAUCACCGCAGUGACUCUUAACAACCUGCUCCUACGGAAGGACGUCUGCUCGUGGAGCACAGGCAUGCAACUCAGGUAUAAUAUAAGUGAGCUUGAAGAGUGGCUUCGGGGAAGGAACCUUCACCAGAGCGGAGCAGCUCAGACCAUGGAACCUCUGAUCCAAGCAGCCCAGCUCCUGCAGUUAAAGAAGAAAACCCACGAGGACGCGGAGGCCAUCUGUUCUCUGUGUACCUCCCUCAGCACCCAGCAGAUCGUCAAAAUUUUAAACCUUUAUACACCCCUGAAUGAAUUUGAAGAGCGAGUAACAGUGUCCUUUAUACGAACAAUCCAAGCACAACUACAAGAGCGGAAUGACCCUCAGCAACUGUUGUUAGACUCCAAACACAUGUUUCCUGUUUUGUUUCCAUUUAAUCCAUCUUCCCUGACGAUGGACUCAAUCCACAUCCCCGCGUGUCUCAGCCUGGAGUUCCUCAAUGAAGUCUGAAGAUGUGCGUUUCCCACAUCAGCUUGCUUCCCAGUGAGAGCAAGAAGGAAACAUGUGCAGUGAAGUGACCCUGCGCAUCUGUGGAAUCUGGUAAAAAUGGAUCAAAUCAGCGAUGGAGAGCCUGUGGAAAGUUCGAACUAAGACACACCUCUCUCAUUAUUUUGGGUACAUACUGCUCAGAAUAAAAACACCUGAAAUAAGAAAGUUUUUUUUUUUAAAGGUUUGAUUUCAGUCUUAAAAAAAAACCAAAAAAAAACACAAACACACACACAAUAAUCUACAACCACCAAGCAGUCCCUGUGGCCAUCUAAAAGGUACCUGUUCUAUAAAGUGGAAGUGGCCCAGCUCUGAUCUUUGUUAACUGAAGAAUGUCUAAAUUAAGAUAUUAAAAAUAUAUAACAAAUUUCCUGCAGAGGACUUACCCUUAUUUGUAACCCUGAAAAUGGCAUCUACUGACAUCCUGAGGUUGACAAACCACAGGAGUGGGUGAGCUUGUGGUGAGAUGUUUUGAAAACAAAAAUAAUGGGCCUGGGCCUCUGAGAAGCUGUGAAUCAGACAGUAGUACAAGUGACCUCCAGAUAAAGUAUUUUGCAUAUUAGUUUCUGAAGCAAAAUUAAUAGACCCAGUCUCUAAUAUGCUCAGGGCCUUUGGGUAGUCCUGGGUUUUUAAAGAGUUAGGCUGAAAAUGCUACUGUCCCAGGUAUCAAAUGUGAGAAAGAUGGAAAAAUAUUAAGAUGCUAGUCUGCACUCACCAACAAAACUUCCACCACAAAAAAAAUGUAUAUAAGCUAACUAUUAGAGAAUAACAAUUCUUGCUUUAUUAACAGAUGUAAAAAGUCAGUGUGAAAACUUAAUCUCAUAAUGCCAUAAACCUCCAAUAAGAACAUCAUAUAAUUUGCUACUAAUCCCAGACACCCAAGAAAGGAAGGAAAAUAGACUGCAGUUUGAGAACUCUGAGAACUUUAAGAAAUAAUACAUGAUCAUUAAGUUAUUUUCCAAAGACUUGUGGUUUUUGUCUUGUUGGGAUUUGGGGUUGCUUUGGUUUUGUUUUUUGAAAGAAUAACAUGGCUUAAGCCAACUUCUUAAGCCUAUUUUCAACAUUUUUCAUAUUUACCACACAAAAAUCAUUGUAAAUAUCUCUGCUGUGAAAUAAAGAUUUAGCAAGAGUAUUCAGUAGUAUCACAUAAUAGAUUUAAAGUCCGCUGUUAGGAUUUUUUGUUUUGUUUUUGAGGGUUUGGGGUUCUUUGGGACUCUCCAAAAGAUUUCUCUACAUGUUGGAAGUAGAACACCCUCCACCCCAUCUUGUACUCAGCCACCCAACUUAGAAGGCUCUUGGGAGCACAGCACACCCUCAGCACAAAACGGUCCUCUGUCCUGUGCUGGUGGAACUCUGUGUCCUGUCUUCCUCCUCAUCUGGGGCAAGAACAAGGCACAGGGCCUGGUGAAAGCUGCUAACAGUUGUGUUCAAAGGCACUGUCAUCAGUCAGCAUCUUCGCCUCUGUCCACAUUAAACAUCCUGGGGCCCCUUAGAUAUCUGCAGGGUGGUGCCUUCCCUCCUUAGUUUGAGUUUCAUAGUCACUGACAUCCCUGUGACACACCUUUCAACCUACAGGCUGACUUUGGAAAACCAAUCUAAAGCAACUGGGAUUGUGGCUACCUCUGCUUUAAAGUCUUGUGAAAUACGAUAUGCUUUCUAAUGCACUUUAGUUUGAAAUUAAGUCUCAUGUAAAGACUGUUCCUGACCUUCAAGAUAACCCAAAAUGCCUUGAUAUUAGCAAUACACAAUUUUAACAAGCAGUGAUUCCACAAACACAAAGGCUUACUGUCCUUACACCAUUAUCCCUCCACUCUCUGGGUUGCUACUCUGCUGUCACUGGUUCAUCACUAGAGGCCAAGGGCUCACUGAAUAAAAGUGUGGCGGUUAGAAUACAUGGGGUAGAGGGAAGUUUAUGAAUUGUCCUCUUGGCCUCUUCCAAAAGACAAGGGCAUUGGGUUGGAAUUCUAAUUUACAGAUGACUGACAAAUACAGUAUUGAUUGCAUAAUGUUUAGAUCUGCCCAAUUUAACAUCAUAUUUGGAGGCUGAAAGAAGCAUCUUUAGGUGAACUUGAACCUUUUGUUGGCUUUUUAUCCCCAAGUAUAAAGUCAAUACACCUCAAACACGUCCCAACUUCAUGAAAUUGGAUGACUUAAUUUAAAUAAUUCAACUUGAAGGUUUAAAUUCGCCAAAUAUCUCUGCUUUCCAUUGUUUAAAAUUUGACAACUUUUCUCCGUGCCUUUAACAGUUACUGAGAUAACUGAUUUAUCAAUUGUUUCUCUAAGAUAAGUGUUGCUGUGGAAAGAAUUUCAAAGUUCAGUGUAACAACAAAGUGGACUUUUCUCUUUUGAAACAGAAGCAUUUUAAAGGUUACUGAAGAAUCAAAUAUUUAUAGCAAACAACUUGUGUUGUAAGUAUUACAUGGGACCUGUUUACCUAUAAUAACGGGUGUAUUUACCCAUGAAUUAAUCAUUGCUGAUGCUGAUGAGCACAGUUCUCCAUGCAUUCUCCUUGUGCUAUCAGAGUCAUGGUACCUAUAGGCUCACCUGGGAAGCACAUUAGACCCAAAGGUAGACUUUCCCCCACUUUCCAUGGAGCAUGCUGUUAGGGGUUAUUUCCCUUGAUUCUUCCUAGUAAUAAAUUUUAAGGCUUUUUUUUUUUUU